GUCCUGGAGAAGAAACUCAGAGCACUUAGAGAACGUGUCCAAGGCGCAGAGGAAUCCGGGGCCACUCCACCUGUGUGGUGCCUCUCAGUCCGGAUGCUCUGCGCGUCCCUGCGUCCUCCGCUGCUGAGCCGACGCUCAGCUCAAAGUGCGGUUUAAAAAGAAAUCCCUGUUUACGUUACUCCUGCGCGUACCCGCGUCGCCCGCUGCGUGGAUCCCAGCAGACGCACUGACUGGUUGGUCCGGCUGCGCUCCGAGGGUCCCACGGCUGUCGCGCUGCGUGUUCGACCUCCAAGUCAGCAACAGGACGUCAAAAGGCUGCUGGAAGGAUGAUGUCCUACAUUAAACAACCCCACUACACUAUGAACGGGCUGAACCUGCCGGGUCCCGGAAUGGAUGUCCUUCACACCACCGUCGCUUAUCCCCCCAAUCCACGUAAGCAGCGCAGGGAGCGCACCACCUUCACUCGGACACAGCUGGACAUCCUGGAAGCUCUGUUCUCUAAGACCCGCUACCCAGACAUCUUCAUGAGGGAGGAGGUGGCCCUGAAGAUCAAUCUGCCUGAGUCCCGGGUGCAGGUGUGGUUUAAGAACCGCCGUGCCAAAUGCCGCCAGCAGCAGCAGCAGAGCAGCGGCCAGUCCAAGCCUCGUCCUCCAAAGAAAAAGGCCUCACCAGUGCAGGAGCCCAGUGCCCCUGAUCCAGUUCCCAAUCCAUCUGAAUCCUACAGCCCCUCUUCAGCUCAGUCAGCCGGGCCCAGCCUGGCCCCCAGCUCCAGCACAGGAAACACCGCUGUGUCCAUCUGGAGCCCAGCCAUCUCCCCCCUGCCCGACCCCCUGGCCUCCUCUGCUCCUUGCAUGCAGCGACCAUCACCUUACCCCAUGAGCUACGGUCAACCCUCGGCCUACACCCAGGGCUAUGCCAGCACCACCUCCUACUUCACCGGCCUGGACUGCAGCGCCUACCUUUCCCCCAUGCAUUCACAGCUGUCAGGCACCGGCGGUGCUCUCAGUCCCAUCACUGUCCCCUCCAUGGGGGGCUCCUUGAGCCAGUCCCCAGCUUCCCUGUCUUCGCAGGGCUACAGUACCGCCUCGUCCCUGGGCUUCACCACCGUGGACUGCCUGGACUACAAGGACCAGCAGGCCUGGAAACUGGGCUUCACUACAAUGGACUGCCUGGAUCACAAGGACCAAAACUCCUGGAAAUUCCAGGUUCUCUAGGAAGCGAGGAGCGAUGUCCUUCAUCAGAUGAGCGUGUUGAAAUGUGUGACUUAGCCCAGCAUGAGAGGACUCGUUUCUGCUGACUCUCAAUUUCUUGUUUGUAGGCUGUUUUUUUAUUUAUCUGUCUGAGAGUGAGCUCUUUAGAAAUGGACUGAACUGGAAGGAUUUCUGAGAAGGAGGCAGCAGUGUCUGAUCAGUGUUGACUGACCCAAGAGUCUGUCGUCCUCCUCAGGCUGUUUAAAACAGAAAAAACGAAGCCUCCGCAGAGCUGGCAGCAUUAAAAGUUACACACAUAACACUUGUUGUGUGUUUUAACCUUGGAUUGUGUUAGAGGGAUAAGAAGAGUCAGUUUAACAUGAAGGAACUAUAGGCUGCACACUCCUUUAAACUAUUUAUUAUUAUUAUUAUUAUUAUUAUUAUUAUUAUUAUUAUUAUUAUUAUGCUACACUUACUUUUAUCAUUUGCUUUCAUUUAGAUACUUUUGGGCAUUUGUGUUAAUUAUAGCAGUGUUAGUGUCUAGUAUGAAUUUGUUUGACAGUAAUAAAUAUGAUCUGUUCUAACUGUG